GUACAGGGUAUCUCUUGAUACCGCAGCAUCGGGCUGAAGUCGAGCAGAUUUUCAGAUUAGGUGUCGUUCCAGCUAUGUCGUUUGCUGGCGGAGCACUGGAUGUCUCCUUUGCUCUUGGGGCGCUUCGGAUUUUCGGGCAUUUCUAUGGUUUGCCUGGAGACCAGGUGUACGAUUACAUGUUCGAGGAUUACAGGCAUGUGCUGCUGAACCUGGACUCUUCGCUUUCAGCCCGUGGUCGUCUCGCCCUUAGACCUGUAUUAGACCUGCUCACUGCACUUCAUGUGGGAGACACUGAGCCGGUCGGUACCGGGGUUCUUCGCGGUGGUGCUCUCGGUGCCUGCUCUUAUCAGGAAUGGUUGCAGAUGUAUCCGCAGGACCACGUGAAGUUGCUGCGUUGCCUCCCCAACCUCAUGUUGCUCAGCCGCUCGGGGGGCCCAUAUGAGAGGGCCGUGCACUUCCUCCGCGAUUUGCUGCAGCGAGGCAACAGCAUGGCUCAGGAACUUUGGGAUAGGCUUCGUGCCACCGGCCUCCAGUCGGUGGCCCUCAUUUUGUUUGACCAUGGCGUGCGCCAGGUAGACGAUAUCCUGCCCAAUGCUUCUGCACUGUUGGCUGCGGGGGCUCAGGCUUGGCAGCUGGAGACCCUGAUUCGGGGGAGCCUCGAGGUGGUUCCUGUUCUCCCACAUGGUCGCGCUGAUCAUCCUCAGGCCCGGCCUCGCAAGCGUGCGUCCUGGGCGGCCGCACUUGAGGCAGCUCAGCCGGAGAAGCGGCAGGCCUCUUUGGCUGCUCUUCAAGCAGACGUGCUUGCAGCUACCACGCGAUCUUCGGUAGACAGCCGUGUCAGGGCCUGGCAGGAGCUUUGCCGCGGGGGCUACCAUUCAUGCUCUUUGUAUUUUGGGGCAGCCGUGAGCCACCAAAUGCGUACCAUGGGCACACCCAUCGGAGAAGAUGUCCGCUGGACCAUCCGAGACACGGUGCGAGCCAUCAAGCGCGGGCUCGGCCCAGCGCAGUUGAAGGACAGCUUUGAUGUUGAGCUCCUUUCUCUCCUGGUGCCGUUUGUGAAAGAGUGUGUCGCUUUUCAUUUGGGCGACCCCGCUUCCGAGGUGGACUUGGCCCUCAUCUCGGCGUGGUGGAUGCUUCGCGAAAUCGAGGCCUCGAAUGCUCGGGCCCACCAUCUUUAUUUGACCAAGGACGGGGACUUCCUGGCUCACCUCUUGGUGCCUAUUUCCAAGGCCGACACAGUGGGACAGCUGACGGUACGCUCAUACUCAUGUAUUUGCCGGGCACGCACAGAGCGGCUUUGCCCUUACCAUGCAGCUGAACGCCAUUUGCAUAGACUGCAGCUGCUUCGGGACACGGGUGUGCGUGUUGACUUCUUGUUUCCCGCCUCCGACGGCAAGCCCUUGUCCAAGCGCACUAUCAUACAGGCCUUUGAGCGAGUCAUCGCCUCAGCAGGGGUGCCUCUGACCAGGCGCGAUGAGUCAGGUCGCGAGAUUGCUCGCUUUCACGGGCACACGAUGAGAGUGAGCGGGACGCAAUUCCUUGCAUCCAUGGGCUUGAGUGUGCCCAUGAUACAGUUGCAGGGCCGAUGGAGCAGCCGCGCCAUUGACAGGUAUGUUCAGCUUGCACCUUUGCUGCGCAUGCCACACGCCAUCAGGAUGGCCAGAGCCAGUGGAGGACAGGACGGGACAGGCACGAGCAGCGCGUCGCCAGCAGCGCCUGUGCAGCUUUCGGGACCGAUUGUGGUGGGGUCGCCAGCGCCUAGGCCAGCUCCCCCGCCUAUCGCCCCGGUGCCCGCUAUCGACCUGACUGAGGAUGCGGCAGGUGCAGAAGCUCAGGUGACGGCAGCCGAGGUUCGGACAGAGCUUCGGCGAUUCAUGAAGGCCGUCCUUGAACCUAAGGAGAUGCUUGUUGUCCAGCCCCGCCGUAAGGUUUGCUCACGCCAUCGGGGUGCCCGAGAACACGAACGACGUUGGGCACUGGCGCACCUCCUGCGGUUGGGCUUAUGGCUGGUCAUCAUUCUAUCGCACCCAUCGGGACGCGCUCGGGGAGCAGUUGCGGCUGUGCAAGCGGUGUUUUGCCGCACAGGCCGACGGGCCCAGCUCGUCGUCUUCAUCGUCUUCUUCUUCGUCGGCAUCCGACUCUAG